CCCGUACUAAAAAUGGCCACUCGAUUCCCUUCUCUCGCGUAUCUCACGUGAUAUUGCGGAAGUGAUCCACCGUUGAUAGGAGUGAAUGGCAGCUCGCUCGGUGGCAGGGAUGUUUGAGCGAGAGCUGGAAGCCUUGGGUUUUGAGAAGACCGGUGACUUGAUUAAAAUAGUUCCACCUGAUCUCUUUGCUGAGCUGUGCCAGCAAAGUGUUCAGCACCUCCAAAGGCAGAGAUCCGGUGUAGACUGUCAUGCAAUUUUUCAGAGUUUUCAAGCAGUCGGUGUUCACAUAAGUGAGGAUGAACUUCGAAAAAUCAUUAGAGGAAUGACUGCGCUUUUCAGGCACCAUUCACAAAGGAGGCCCGAUUUUUCUAUUGUGUUGAGAACACUUAUUGGCAUGAAUACCACAAGGAGUUUCACAGCAGCAAAGUAUAAUGUGACUUGUGAGGAGCUGCUGAGCAUGUUAAUCAGCAAACUGCCAAAGCAGAUUCUGCAAGUCAUUCGACAUGUAUGGAAUGAAGAGGGGAAGCACUUGUGUGAGCUCCAAAAGAGUAGAGAUCUGCUACCAUCUGGAGAGCUGGUCGACUUCCACUGGAAAAUUGGAAUGGCUGUGAGUUCUGAUAGUUGUCGGUCUCUGAACCAUCCUUAUGUUACCGUAGAGUUAAAAGUGGCAGAUUAUUCUGGACAGAUUACAAGUAAAAUUUUGGAGUUGACCAUUCCAGAGUUUAAGAACUUCCACAAGCAAUUCAAAGAAAUGUCUGCUGUUCUUGAAACAGUGUGAACCUGACUGCAAAGCGGCAAAAAUGGGAGCCUGCCUGUUCUAUCCAGUUUGCCGUUGCUCUGCCUAAAGUGCCUGGAUCCUGAAGUGCUAAAUAUUCUCAUACUGGCAACUGUCGACCGUAAUGUGUGGAUCUAACCUCAAAAACUGCUUAUAAAAAAUGUGUUGGACAUUAAAAUCAGUCAACAAAAUCUAAAUUAGGUAUAAAAUAAUUGUGCUUAAAUGACAAUGUGGUUAGCGACUGAAGACUCCACUUAAGAGUCUCCAUAUGAAGAAGCGGCAAAUAUUAAUUAACUGUAUGAGUCUGUAUAUAAACAGAAGAAAAAUGGGCAAAAUGUUCUGAUUAUCGUACGAAACUCCAUGCAGACCAUAAUAUCUUCAGAUUGCAAAUAGGACCUCUGCCAUGUGACUUCUACAGGACCUUGACAGAUUAAAGAUGGAGUAUCCUGACUUUUUGCAUCCUUGUAUAAUAAAACUCGAGGUUUUUUUCCCACUAAAAAUUCGGAUUUUAUAGUUAAAAAAAAAAAUACUCGAAACUUUUGAGAUUUUAGCAUUCAGACUUUAAUAAAUAACCCCCCUUGAUGUGGACCUGUCACCUACACAUAUAAAGCUGUAUAAUGGAAGCCCUUUACAAAUUAAACAUGGAACCCAAAUUUUUUCAGUAAAACAGUCAUAUCUAGGGUCAUAACAGGUGUUUUAAAUAUCUGAACUGUCAAUCAAAUAUUAUCUGCCCCACCUCUAUGCCUGAGGCAGUAAUUACUUUCACUUUCCAUUCAGCAAUUCCUACAUGUCACUGCACCCCUUACAUUUCCCUUUCCCUCCUUAUGCUCUAUCUAUCAUAGUGUAGGGUACUGUGCGUACUGACAUGCUAAAUCAUCUAAUAAACAAAAGAACAUUUUUAAUGAA